GGAGUUUCAUCCGGGUAUUCCGGUUUCCUCCCACACUCCAAAAGCCUCGAAACUUCCUGAAGCAAAUUAAUCAGUUACCAAUGACAAAAGUCGGACAGCUCCAGGGAGCGGAGCCGCUGAACGGAGACUCGUUGCUCCUCGGACACCUGCCUCGCCGCAGAGUACCGGGGACAGAGGCGGGUCGCGCGCGGUUCGUCUCCAGGACGGACUCACUCGCGCACGGACUCGCGCACCCUCCUACUACCCCGCCGGGCUCGCGGCGGAACGAGGAAAUGCGCGGGAGGAGUGCGAGGUAGAGCACGCGCAGCGCCAUGCCAUGGGGAACAGCCUCGCGAACACCGUCGAUAAGUGGGGUUUAAAUCCCUGGAAGCCCUCAAAUAAAACUAGAAGAAAGAAAGGUGCUCCAGUGAAUCCUUCAUACCAGUCGGCAGAGGCCCACACAUAUGAUACAGUGGCAGAAAUACCUGUGUACUCUGUUCCCAACAAGAAAAGGAAGUCACAAGAAGAGCUCCAUUAUGCUGAGAUUGAAGUCCUGCAAGGACAGACCCCUAUCGGUAGAAGGGACCACAAUAGAACUCCUUUAAAAACUGGCACAGAAUAUGCCACCAUAGACUUCCUGGCAAAGCAGGGUACACCCAGACGCAAUGGCAGCGUCAAGCCUACCAUGAACCAAAAGCCUGCAGAUAUUCUCAUUCCCACCGGGGAUCUCCAGAGGCCUGUCCCCCAACCACGCCUGAAAAAGGGCUCAUCUCAGAAGUCACAUGGACGCCAAAACACCCCCUGCUCCUCAUCUGCACACACUUAAUGUUCUCGUAAUAUUCACAGAAUAUGUGUUAACUGAGGACAUCCUGUAUUCAGGACACUAGAAAUUCUUUGCUUAUCCUGUAAGAGUUACAGUGCUUAAAAAUUGCACACAAUGAUUUGCUUAAAUGUUUUUCUCAAUUUGCACUAUGAGGUAAACCAAAUUUCCUUCUUAUGGAUCUUACAGAGGGGUGACAACAGUACUGGAAACAUUCUAGUGUGGACUCACAGAACAUAGUCAUUCUAUCAGUGUUUAAUUGCCCUGAACCAUAAUUUGAAUAAUUUGCACAUUCUGUACAUGAAUUUCUAAUUGAAAUGUGAAGUUGGAAGGCUGCAGGCAGAAGCAGUUAUUGAGUAUCUGUGGUUCCACAUUGUGGACCAAGACCAAGCAGGAUGCCUCCAGCUUCCUCCAGUCCUCAAACCCCACAGCAGGUGCCGUGUUUCCCUCUACCUCAGUUAAUUAUUGACACAAUAAGUCACUUUCAUCUGAUAUUUCACAUUCCGAGUUUAAAAUACAUAUUAAAACCUGUAGGUAUGUGGCUUUUGACGAGUGGAGCUGUAAUCCCUUUGGCCUGUUAAAGGUAACUGUCAUUUUUGAUAUCAAGUACAGUGCAGUUACAGAAUGAACUACUUCUCGUGUAAAAAAAAAAAUCCAUAUUUGUAGAAAUUAAAGAGCAUUAUCAUGCACACAGCUGUAAAAUUUAAAUCCUUAAUUUGAAAUAGUGUGAAAUAGAGCUUAGCAUAUUUUUGCAAUCGCUUGUGAAUGAACAAGUAGCCUGCAGUGAGUUUGGAUAUUGUAAGAAAAGACAGUAUGUGUAAUUUAUUACGUGAUCCGAUAAGGGAAACGGACAUUUUGUUGCUGCUUUUGUGUUGCUUUGAAACGAGUUGACGCUUCACUCGUAAACACGCAGAACUCGAGGCUCACCGAGUCGCGCCGCUAUGAGUCCGCGGGGCGGCGCUGCUCAGCGCACGCGAUGUUGCCAUGCCGUAACCAUGGCAACUUGGUGACCCUUUGAAAUGGACUGCAGUGAUUGAAAAAAAAGGCCGUUAAGGAGCAGCAGCUUCACCGUCUAAAGUUGCUACAUUUCCGUGUUACUGACGGGCAAGCCGCAAUGAAGUAUAAUUGUUUCGUAAACGGUGAGUAAAGGCGCAUAUUCAUGUUAAUUUUGGGCAGCUUGCACGUGUCUUUGCAUUUAUAGCGAGGUUAAGUAAAUAUGGGCCAUGGCCAAGUCCGCGCUAGCUCAUUGAUGCCUAAUUCAGUCGAACGACUGGAAAUAACAGACUCUUUAGAACAGGGAAAUACUUUUGUGAAUACAUUAAACUGAUUUGUGAAAACGGUUGAAGACCAGAAAAAAUAAAACUUAAAUUAAGGGAAAGACGAAUAUGCUAACGAAUGUUUUAUUAGCCUGCAGACCUUAGUUUUUAAAGAUGUAACAAUAAAAAAGGGCAAUGAAUGAGUCCAAACUGAUCAACUCCCCGAAGAACUUUAAAUAAAUCUUGAACUCUGACUGAAGAAAACAAAA